AUGCCAUCGCUGUCAAUUGAAGCUCUUGUGGAGGAACGCGUGGCACAGCUUGAAGCAAUUUCACAGCGCAGAAAUGAACUCCUUCGUGAAAUGUACCGUAUGAUGCGGAAACGACAAAAUGCAGGUUCUAUAUCCAUCUUCGACGAUGAAGACGAAGAUGGACUACAGGAUUGUUCGUGGCGUCGUUCGCUAAUUUUCUUCCCUAACGUGCUCAUCCCCGCCAGUCCCGAUUCGGGCAUGGUAUCAAACAUUCCACAGAGCGAGCUGUGUGCCACUUCGUUAUCUCCAACUUCCGAUGAAUUUAAAUUAAUAGACCUACCGGACGUCAUCGAUGUAGAUUCCCCCAUGUCAGAACCUCCUGCUUCACCUCGCUCCGCCUCAUCCGUACUACUUCAAAUUCCAGAAUCCGAUGACCCCUUGGCCGCAUCGAUACCCGAAGGGUCACCUCCCCGGGCUACUUCCAUAUCGCGCAAGCGCCCGAGGCUAGACGACGAGCCAGAUGAACUGAACCUCGUAGGCCUUUCGCAUCAUCGCAGUCGAUCACUGACUCACCGUACGUCUCGCUCGAAGUCUCGUACAUUCUCGCCGCAUUCCCCUGAACCUGUCAACCUCACCCUCGACGAGGUAAGUGAAGUCCAAGAAGCACUCGUCGACCUGGAGGAAAGCAUAGACGUGCCCAUGGAAGAAGAUAGAGAACUCUCGCCCGAUCUCGUCCUUCCAUCGUCUUCGCCCGUCACCGAAAAGCAGAAAAUCAUUCCCCGCACGAUCGUCCAUACCACUGUGGAUGUUGCAUCUAUCCAACCUUCCCUCCUCAUUCCGACCCCCACGUCUCCAGUGGCUGAUCCGGCAUUCAGUUUCGAUGAGGCCGAGAGCGAGUCGCCUGAGGAGCCAUCACCUGCCUCGACACCUGUAGAGGUGCAACGGAACCAUCCUCCUCCUCCUCAUCAUCAUUUCAACCCUGCCUACAGUCUACCACCGAUCAAAUCGUUGCCUUCUGAAUAUCUCCGUAAGGGCAAGUCUGCCAAACAGAAAAGGCGAGAUAAGGAACGCGACAAAGCAGACGGAAAAAUCAAGGAUGAAUGGACACCGAUGGGCCUGACCAAGUGGGGUGCGACCGUACGUGCAAACCCUGUCUGGAAGAAGGUCUCUCGUGCCACUAAGUGCUUGAGCACGCGUGACUGGGGUGUCGCCAUUUCCGAGCUAAGGCUUACUCGCGCCCUUGAACGCGUCGAAAGCCUCGAAAAUGUCGCGAAGUGGAGUUAUAGGCAGCCCAAAAGACAAAAGAACCUCGGGGGUCUGACCAAGACCCACUGGGACUAUCUUAUGGACGAAAUGAAAUGGAUGCGCGUUGAUUUUCGCGAGGAGCGACGCUGGAAAUAUGUUGUUGCGUUCAACUUGUCGAGUGCUGUGCUCGAGUGGCAUGAGGCUAGGAGUCGCGAGGAGAGGCUUAGGCUUGGCAUAUGUGUUCUGUGGAAGCGACCGCGGUCUUCUGAAGACGCCCCUAUAGAAGACGUAGACAUGGACUCGCGACCCGCGGAGCACAAUGGGUAUACCCCUAUGGCAGACGAGUCCGAUGGCGAUGAAGAGGAAGGAGAGGCAGAGCAAAGAGAUAUCGUAGACGCUCUAGAGUCCCGCAAUGCCUUGGAGGAAGCGCUAGACGGCACAGGAUCUAACGAGUCCACCGACAGUAGUCAGCACCAGACCCCAGGCCCCGAUCAUGUCAAGCCCAAAGUCGAAGAUGUUGAUGAUUCGUCAGCCCUGCAGGACUCGAAUGCGAUGAACGUGGACACGCAGCAGGACGACCAGGCCAAGGUCGAGAGCGAUGAUCAGACUGGUCUCAAGGCGCAUUCAACAGACCCCAACCUUGCCUCACAGCAAAAUACGCAGUCUGAUGCUGCUCCUGCGGGAUCGUCGUCCAAAACGCCGAAGGCAACUUUGUACGCACCGCUUAGGGAGCAGAUCGCAUACUCGGACGAGCGAAAGCUUUUCCUUGACGAUGAUGACCUCAACUUGGUCAUAGCACUUUCUGAUCUGACUACAGACGACCCUGGCAUUCAGCCAUCGCUGCCCAUCCCUGAUCUCUCGGACAUUUUCCCCGACCUUCAACCGCUCGGCGUGCCAGAUAUUGCUUCUGGCUCGAACGAGGGGAAGAAGAAAGAUAGGAAGUCUGGGGAGGAUAACAGGCGUGUCGAGGACUCUGGGUUCACGAAGAUGGCACCGUUGGGUCGCUUCAUGCACAACAAGCCGACGCUUCUUGGACCUCUGCAACCUGCUAGGCGGUGGCAGAACGGGGAGUGGAUGUUUGCUGAAGAAGCCGCAGUGGCUGUGGAUUUCGAUGGCGCAAUUGGGAAGAUAGUGGAUGAUACUGCCUCAGAUCUUUUUGAGGGCAGCAGACCAUCCGCAGUUAACUCCCUUGGACUGCCACCGAAAGACGGCAAGAAGCGCUCAGACCAUAUUUGGAGCUCAGAUGAAGACACCCUUCUCAAAACCUUCGCGGAUAGAUAUCCCAAUAACUGGCUCCUGGUCGCGGACUCGUUCAACUCUUCGCGCGUGACUAUUUCCACCGAUAAACGAACUCCUUGGGAAUGCUUCGAGCGUUGGAGCAGCUGCUUCGGCAGCGGACAUAGAUUCCAUCCUGAUGAGCGCACACCACCACCAGCAUCAACCUCAGCUCAAGGACAGAUGACCACGAGAGGCGUCAAGCGGUUAGCUAAUAUGUCAGUUACACAGAACCAAAGUCCUGGAGCCGGCCUAUCGUCCGACACCAAAAAAAGGCGGAGACAUACAUUCAUGUAUGAGACGAUGCGGAAAGCCGCGAAGAAGCGCGAAGCAGCACAAAAAGCUUCCAUCAAUCAGCGAAAGGCAUCCAACAUUCAUGAUACACACGGGCAGUAUCAAAAGAUGCCAAAGCUUACACCAGCUGAACUUAGUCGCAUGAAGUAUGAUAAGGAAUCGAGGGAGCAGCAAGAAUUACUCAUUGCGCGACGUCGGCAUGAGGAACUUGCCCGUCAGGCAAUGAUGCAGCGCGACCCACGGCUGCAAGCGGCCGCGGCUGCAGCUGGUCAACCUCAGCAGGCAGCGGUAGCAGCAGCAGCCCAGCAACAACAACCGCAACAGCAACAGCAGCCAAAUGCCACGCCGAGAACAACAGCCCCGCCCGCACAAGUUGUCCCGCAAAUGCGGAAUCAACCCGUGCCGCAGGUCAAUAUCUCUCAGCAGCAGCGAAUGCCAACACCAAUGGCAUCGACAGCUGGUGCAGGGGCUCGUAUGUCUCCUCAGCAUUUAUUGCAAGCUCAAGCUCUGCCAGUACAAGGUAGCCCCGUUCCCACUAUCAACGGCCUUCCUGCUGGUGCCCAUCUACCACCUCCAUAUCAGUCACGCGCUGCAACAUCAUCGCCUGGCGUAGCACCGCAAGCAAGUCCUCCACGUAACAUAGGCACGCCAUCCAACGCUGCUUCUCCCCGACCACCCUCCGCACAACCACAGCUACCCAUGCAGCCUCCUCAGAUGGCUGUAAAUCCCCCCCCACGGCCAGCUCAUUACUUCCCUGUUGUUCCUACGCAUCCCGGUGGUCAUUUCACACAGGAACAAAUGGACCAGGCCCUUCGGCUGAUGCAGCAUCGGACUACUAUGGCUCAGGCACAACAGAAUAGUCAAUAUCCCUCGCAGCCCUGA